GCUCAGUUCGCGCAGUAACAAAUGAAGUGCGCGCUGCGACACCUCCCAGCUCUCCAGGCUCAGCCGCCAUUUCCUCGCCUGGCCUAACGGUCCGGCCAAUCCCAGCGCGCAUCGAGAAGGGCUAAGGCUCCGCCAAUCGGAGGCCGCCGAUUUCGACCCCUUGCCUCGGCCCGGCCCAAUCCAGGCUCCGGCCCCGUCGCCCCCGACCCGCCCCCGCGGCGCCCUCUCUCCUCCCUCUUUGUGCGUCUCGCGCCGCCGCCGCCGCCCGCCGCGUGAGAGGACGGGCUCCGCGCGCUCCGCGGCAGCACAGUCAGGUCCCCUCCCCCCAGAAGAUUCGCGAAGGAGAAACCGCCGCCGAAGAGGAGCCGCCGGUGCCGGUCCCUGGGGGGCGCCAUGGCGACCGGAGCGAACGCCACGCCGCUGGGUAAGCUGGGCCUCCCUGGCCCCAAAGGGGGCUUCGAGCCGGGGCCACCGCCUGCCCCCGGGCCUGGGACGGGGCUGCUGGUGUCCGGGCCGCCGCCGCCCCCGCCCGUGGGCUCGGUGGGGGCCCUGACCGCGGCCUUCCCCUUCGCGGCGCUGCCGCCGCCGCCCCCGCCGCCCCCGCCGCCGCCCCCCCCGCCUCCCCAGCAGCCGCCGCCGCCCUCCCCGGGCUCCUCGUACCCGUCGCCGCAGCCGCCCCCUCCGCCGCCGCUCUACCAGCGCGUGUCGCCACCGCAGCCGCCACCCCAGCCGCCGCGUCAGGACCAGCAGCCGGGCCCGGCCGGUGGCGGAGGAGACUUUCCCAGUAAGAAGCGGAAGAGGAGCCGCUGGAACCAAGACACAAUGGAACAGAAGACGGUGAUUCCAGGAAUGCCUACAGUUAUCCCCCCUGGACUUACUCGGGAACAAGAAAGAGCUUAUAUAGUGCAACUGCAGAUAGAAGACCUGACUCGUAAACUGCGCACAGGAGACCUGGGCAUCCCCCCUAACCCUGAGGACAGGUCCCCUUCCCCUGAGCCCAUCUACAAUAGCGAGGGGAAGCGGCUUAACACUCGCGAGUUCCGCACCCGCAAAAAGCUUGAAGAGGAGCGGCAUAACCUCAUCACGGAAAUGGUUGCCCUCAACCCUGAUUUCAAGCCACCUGCAGAUUACAAACCUCCAGCAACACGUGUGAGCGAUAAAGUAAUGAUUCCACAAGAUGAGUAUCCAGAAAUCAACUUUGUGGGGCUGCUGAUUGGGCCCAGAGGGAACACCUUGAAGAACAUAGAGAAGGAGUGUAAUGCCAAGAUCAUGAUCCGGGGGAAAGGCUCUGUGAAAGAAGGGAAAGUCGGGCGCAAAGAUGGCCAGAUGCUGCCAGGAGAAGAUGAGCCGCUUCAUGCCCUGGUUACUGCCAAUACCAUGGAGAAUGUGAAGAAAGCAGUAGAACAGAUAAGAAACAUUCUGAAGCAGGGUAUCGAGACUCCUGAGGACCAGAACGAUCUACGGAAGAUGCAGCUUCGAGAGUUGGCUCGUUUGAAUGGGACCCUUCGGGAAGAUGAUAACAGGAUCUUAAGACCCUGGCAGAGCUCGGAGACCCGCAGCAUUACCAAUACCACAGUGUGUACCAAGUGUGGAGGGGCUGGCCACAUUGCUUCCGAUUGCAAAUUCCAAAGGCCUGGUGACCCCCAGUCAGCUCAGGAUAAAGCGCGGAUGGAUAAAGAAUACUUGUCCCUCAUGGCCGAACUGGGGGAGGCACCUGUGCCCGCAUCUGUGGGCUCCACCUCUGGGCCUGCCACCACACCCCUGGCCAGUGCACCUCGGCCCGCUGCUCCCGCCAGCAAUCCACCUCCACCGUCUCUCAUGUCCACUGCCCAGAGCCGCCCACCCUGGAUGAAUUCUGGCCCGUCAGAGAGUCGGCCCUACCAUGGCAUGCACGGAGGUGGCCCUGGUGGGCCCGGAGGUGGCCCGCACAGCUUCCCACACCCGUUACCCAGCCUGACGGGCGGGCACGGUGGACACCCCAUGCAGCACAACCCGAAUGGACCCCCUCCUCCUUGGAUGCAGCCGCCGCCACCACCGAUGAACCAGGGCCCCCACCCACCUGGGCACCAUGGCCCUCCUCCAAUGGAUCAGUACCUGGGAAGUACGCCUGUGGGCUCUGGGGUCUAUCGCCUGCAUCAAGGAAAAGGUAUGAUGCCGCCACCACCUAUGGGCAUGAUGCCGCCGCCGCCGCCGCCUCCCAGUGGGCAGCCUCCACCCCCUCCCUCUGGUCCUCUUCCCCCAUGGCAGCAGCAGCAGCAGCAGCCUCCACCGCCCCCUCCGCCCAGCAGCAGUAUGGCUUCCAGUACCCCUUUGCCAUGGCAGCAAAAUACGACGACUACCACCACGAGCGCUGGCACAGGGUCCAUCCCGCCAUGGCAACAGCAGCAGGCGGCUGCCGCAGCUUCUCCAGGAGCCCCUCAGAUGCAAGGCAACCCCACUAUGGUGCCCCUGCCCCCAGGGGUCCAGCCGCCUCUGCCGCCCGGGGCCCCUCCCCCUCCGCCGCCUCCGCCGCCUGGUUCCGCCGGCAUGAUGAUCCCUCCCCGCGGCGGCGAUGGCCCGAGCCAUGAGAGUGAGGACUUUCCGCGCCCAUUGGUGACCCUUCCAGGCAGACAGCCUCAGCAGCGCCCCUGGUGGACAGGAUGGUUCGGCAAAGCAGCCUGAGUUAUUUUUAUGGACGGAAUCGGAACACGCUGGCUCCAUAUUGUGAAAUUUUUUAUUAAUUUUUUCUUUUUCCUUUGUUAUUUCCUUAUCUUUUCCUUUCUUCAGACUCCGUCCAAGGAGAUGCUCUCCCCGGUCUUCUGCUGCAAUUAGAUUCCUUUCCCUUUUUCAUUCCUCGUUCUUCUCUUUCUAAGGAGAGAGGAACAAAUGGUUCUUAGGCAAAGGCUUUUGGCCACCAAUGUCAGGCUAGUGGGGGGUUCCUUUGGUUCUAAGAUUUUCAAGGUGCCAUAGUCGCCCUGAGAUUUUUUUUUCCCCUAAUUUUAAGCGUGGGGUUUUGUCUCUGUCACCUUUGUAGACUAGCGGGUUGAACCCCAGGUCCAGGGUCCAUUUCCGUCCUGGCAUCCCUGCCAGCAGUCGGGGCCACCUAUGCUGCCGUGGGCUUGUCUGCCAGCCAGGAGCGCCCUUUCCACGCCCCUGAGCACCUGAGCUGCCUCAGAUUCCAUUUGUUCCUCUCUUUCCUGGAAGGUUUCCUUUUCAAAUUUAUUUUAGUCCCAAAUGUCAGUGUUUUGCAGUGUCUAGGGGUUUGAGCCCUUUGUUUUCCAUUCUGCUUCUUUUUUUUCCUCCUUCCUCUUAAUGGUGUGAUUAUGUUGAUAAUAAUGUAUAAUGCGCGUUCUCUUCACUGGUUUAUCUGCAGAAAUUUCUCUGGGCUUUUUUUUUUUUUUUUUUUUU